GCCAGCAUGAGCGUUAUCAUCGAAAAUGGCGGAAGAGGAGCAUUCGUUUCUAGACGGUGGCCGAGAAAACGCACUUUUGUGCAAAAAUGAUCCGCCAGCACCAACAUAUUGCUGGAAAGACAUCACGACGGAGUUCAGAGAAGCCACCAGUGAGCUUGAACUGGGUGAGCUCGUCCACGACGAAAUGUUCACGCUCUUCGAAGCCAUGUCUGCAAUUGAAAUGAUGGAUCCGAAAAUGGACGCUGGAAUGAUGUGUAACUUUGGCAACAAGAAAGUGAUGAAUUUUGACCAAGCUCUGAGUGCGGGUGUGCUCAAAAUAGCCGAUUUGAGCCCGGCAGAACACAUCGGCAUAAUCGACUCGACACUUGCUUGUCUUGUAACGUGGCUGGAAGGCCACUCUUUGGCACAGACCGUGUUCACUAACUUAUACCUGCACAAACCACACCAAGUUGAGGACAAGGUGAUGAAGGCUUUUUCUAUCUGUGUCCUCAAGAUGGUCGACAUGAUUAAGAACUUCGUCACCAAGGCCGCUGUGUUCGAGGAAGAAGACUUCCAGCCGGUUGUGUAUGGUUUCAAAUUGGCCUGGGACGUCACCGAAGUCAGGGCCGCAGGAAUGAUGAAGGAGAUCGAGGAUGAACUCUCAAAGAAAGUAAAGGCAACUAGGGCAAAGCCUGGAGAAGAGCUGGACUCGGCGCAACUGGCCUGCCAUGAAGAGGCCGUGGCAGUUUACUCAAGAAUCAAGUUCUGCCGUUUCUUCCAGCAGGCACUGAUCGUUUUCAACAAAAAGGGAAGCGACGGUGUCGAAGAAGUGGAGCGCCUUCUUCAGCAGUGCCUUGAGGUUCUGCCCGUUCUGCGGCGCACCAUCGCACUAGGUGUGCAGCCCGACCCCAAUGCGGAAGGAACCAACCGCGCUGACUACCCAACGGUUAUGGGAUUCGAGCCAUUGGUUAACCAGAGGCUACUUCCGCCCACUUUUCCCCGUUACACGAAAAUAAAGCCACGCGAGGACACCAUGGACUACCUGGAGGCCUUGAUCGGUCGGCUGCGACAUGUGUGCCGCAUCGUGGACUGCACCUCGUUUCACUCGGCCAUCGACUUCCUUGGCGAGUUUAGCAAGACCUGGCCUUGUGUCCUGUCGAGGUCCGUGGUUCAGCUUUUGUACUUGCCCUGCCCGGGCAAGGUACUCGGCAACUUGACCAUGGUGGAUGUUCUCAAGGACUCAGUCCGUACUUUCAUCCGGCCACCCGUGCUGUCGCAGCGAGGCAAUAAUGCCCUCGGCAACCAUCCACAUGCCCGUGAGCUUGUUGAUGCUUUCCUCAACCACUGCGUGCGGCCGUUCACAUCCAUGGUGCACAUCAGUGGCCACAACAGAGCACGCCAACGAGACAAAUUGACACACCUUCUGGAGGAACUUGCUGUGCUGCAGGAUGAAGCAGAUCGCCUUGACACAGUGCUGCACAGCAUCUCGCUUAAGAUGGAGUCAUCCCUGCCUCACCAACCUCCACAGCAGCUAGCUUGCUUCACCACUUGGGUGCUGCACCACGUCCUUCGCACCAUGAUUCGCUAUCUUCUCUCAGGCUUUGAGCUCGAACUAUACUCUGCACAUGAAUAUGGCUACAUCUACUGGUAUUUGUACGAGUUCCUCUAUGGCUGGAUGAUCUCGGCACUUUCGCGUGCUGAUGCAUUCCUGAUGGAACAGGAGGCACGUGCUGAACAGCAACGCACUGGGCGCCCUGUGAAGAAAGGCAAACGCCGCAAGAAACCCUGCCCCCACAGCCGUGAAAUCUUCAUAAGCCAGGCAUAUCAGAAUUUAUGUGGUGGCUAUUACAAGACGUUGGCAGGCUUCACACUGGAUGGCAAGCUGCGCAGGCCGUGCCCCGAGUUUGACAAGGAAAAGGUUCGCUAUGAACAUCGUUUUGCACCCUUCAAUAGCAUCCUGACACCACCUCCUGUACAGUAUGCCCAGUACAAGGAGAUGACUGAUCCAUACAAGUACCAGCCACCUCCGACACCAGAGGAUAUGUACUUGGCAGCAUGCAAGUGCUUCCAGAAUGUGCGCAUGUUGCUCGACAAUGUGCCUGACCUCAACAGUGAACUGACUAGUGUAAUGAAAGUGGCCAAGACAAACUUUGUUGUUGUGAAACUUUUGCUGAGCGGCCACAAGAAGGAUUCCACAAUCUUGCCGGAAUUUGACUUCAGCCAGCACAAGAAUUUUCCCAUCAUCAGAAUUUGAAUGACAGCAUUGUACGCAUUGCAUUUUUUAUACCACUGUACUUCACUACUGCUCCCAGUGUGUCUGCACCUCAUGGGAACUGCUCAGGUCGUUUGUAAUUGCAGCAACACUUGAUGUGUUGUUUGUACUGGUAGCAUCAUUUCUACUGCAGGAAAAUGGCACUUCAUGUUUACAACAUGGGCAAUCUUUACAAGGAUCAUAAACAUUGCGAUUUGUGCUCUUUAAGGGAUACUUGUGACAGAAGCAUUUGCAAAAGACUUGGUUCAUUACAAAUUAGUUAAUCAAAGUUGGAAACUUUAUAUACUGCAAGCUGAGAUUUCUAUGUGUACACCAACGUUGCUGAAUACUUCCAGUCAUAUGUCUGCAAUUAAGUAAAACAUCCUGGUAUUCUCAGGAUAGUUAUGACUUUUUAUUUUUUGCAUUAAACGAAUGUCCAAAACUUCAAAACCCCAGAAAAAUACUGGCAAGCCUCAGAGUACCCUAAAUAAUUUCUAACUAGGUUAUGUACCAUUUUCAGUUUUAUUUCCCAAGAGGUGUGUGUCGGAACAUCAUGACACAGGUGGUCAUCACGUGGAAGCAGAAUAUCACAACAUUUUGGCACUUGCUUCGUUUUGCUGGGUCGUCUUUUCCGCUGCUACUCAUUGUAUGGCCCAGUGUCACAACACAGAAAACAACCAAGCAAGUAGGAGAGUGCUAAAACGUUGCAGUGUUGUGCUCCCCCAUGACAACCUUCUGCAUUAUGACAUCGUGAUACAGGCACUACCCGAGGAAUGAAAUUUUUAUUUUCCUCAUAGUUGCACAGCAGCUAGGGAGAGGGGACGCAGACCAAACAAAAGCUGCUUGAUGCAGCUCGGAGAAAUGAAACCAGUUUUUUGUGCAUAGAAAAUCCAUUUUAGUAAAUCAUUUAGGGUGCUCAGAAGCUUGCCAGCAUGUUUUCUAUGAUGUGUCUGGAAGCCUGAAAUAACGCAGAAAGAUUUUUGAAAUCUCAUGCAGUGUAUUGGUUAACCUAACACAAUACACAGUAUGCGUAUGCUGCCUUGUGUUGCUUUACUGUUGCUUUGUGGUAGCAUUGGUGUAGACUCCCUGCCAUUACAGAAAUGUUAGCUAUGCUGUAGGUCCAAAGUAGUUUACUCAGUGCCAAGUUCACGCUGUAAAUUGGCAUACAUAAAACGACGAGCCAUGUCACCAACAAAUUAUGAACUGCCAGAAAUCUGUGCAAACAGUGCGCUUCUAAAUACAGUACAGUGGUACACGUUGUUAUUCAAACAUGACAUUUUUGUUGCAGACCCAUCUCUGUGCUGUACCAGUUGUAAAUAUUUUCAUCUGCAGAACAGUAUAGGUCUUAGCAUUGUGUCAUACAAAUGUCAUUGUUACACUAACAGGGCCAAAGGGUUUAGAUGAAAAUGUGUUUUAUUUAAAAUAAAGCUUCUUUCCACUUGUG